AUGACAUUCUUCAAGAUUUCCUGCUCGGUUAAUACGCUCUGCUCGCAAGAGGGAAAAAAAAGUUUUUUGGAAAAUGAAAGGGCCCUUGGUUUCUUCCGUGCGAAGAUGAGCCUAGCCAUGCACUCCAUGUCUCGUGCAGCCAUCUGGAAAGAGCUACGUGAAACGCAAGAAAAGCUUUUCGAGUCCCAACUCAAAGUGAUGAAGACCAAGAGUGCUACCUUGAGUGAACUCUACAUGGGACGCAUUCGUAUGCUCGAAGCAAAUGUCACCGCCAUCCAGGAAGGUCUCGACGCGUUAGACUUUGAGGAUAAAAUGGAUGCCAUUAGCCCCAAAAAGAGAAAGAAGAGGAAGGUUGUUCCUGCCCAAGUCGAGUUGCCUCGUGGAUUGAUCGAAAGCGGCGAUGAAGACAGUGACGUUGGCGACGAGGAUGAGGAUGUUGAUGACGAGAUCGCGGCAGCUUCUGCGUCUAUUGGCUACUAG